GAUUUCUUAGUCUCUAUUUUAGCAGAAAUACUUCUAACUUUCGUUUAAUUAAACAAAUUUGGUACUCACCAUGCCUCGAAGAUGUAAAAUGAAAUGCUAUUUUGGAUGCAAUGACAGUGGUCCAUUUCACGCAUUUCCUAAUCCUGAAAGCGUGAUAGUAGAACACAUAGAGAGAUUCAAUGAUUGGAAAGCAGUGCUAGACUUAGACAUUCAAAAAAUUGGUGACCGAAAAAUUUAUAAUAAUGUACGCUUAUGUGGAAACCACUUCGAAGAUUGUUUCAAAUUACCUAGUGGUCGGCUUACCCAGAAUUCAAGACCAACAUUGUUUUGUAACAAACAAUAUCCGAAUAAUAAAAUAGAUGAAAGCUUAGAUACAUCUGAAACGAGGGAUAAUGUAGAUUCAUGGGAUAUAAAAAAUGGUAACGAUAAAGUUGAACAUGUUCCAAAGGAACUACCGCCUCGCAUUCUUUAUAAAAUAGACGCUGGACCUCCGUCAUGUGCUGUCAAAAUUAUAGCAGACAUUAUUGGCUUAGAAUUCGCAGAGAAGGAAUGCGAUUUUUUCAAACUUGAACAUAAGUCUCCUGAUUUUCUUGAGUUAAACCCGCUCGGUACCCUGCCCACGAUAACGGAUGGUAAAUUCGUCCUUUCAGAUAGUAACGCCAUAAUGAAGUACUUGCUAAGUAAGUACGGAAAAGAAUUAGAAGAGUCCCUGUAUCCGAGCGAUAUCGAGAGUCGAGCGCUAGUCGACCAGGCGCUGUUCUUCAACGCGGGAGUCUUCUUCAUCAGGCUGAAAGCUAUUGCCUUACCUACGGUAUUCGGAAGCCUGCAGGAGCCCACGGCGAAGCAUCUAGAAGACAUCGAGUCAGCGUACGGAGUAAUCGAAGCGUACCUGCGGAAGCACCACUACAUCGCGACCGACCACCUCACCAUAGCCGACAUCGCCGUUGGCUGCACCGCUUUCGCUCUAAGAGGAGUGUUGGAAAUUGAUGAAAACAAGUUCCCAGGUAUGAUAAGAUGGCUUCAAAUUCUGAGCGAAGUUCCGAAAAUCAAGAAACAUGGUGUUUCUGGUGGUGAUUUACUCGCAGAUAUAUUAAGAAAACAGUGGAAAAAGAACAAGAAUGUAGAAAAAAUAUAUGAUAUUGAUAUAUCCUAUGGUAUAUCCUAGUUGCUGCUGAAUGCUCCAUGCAACAUGAUACUACAAGAAGACUGUCCGUUCCCUGUGGUUUAUGUGUGAUCUCAUAUAAAUAUACCACAGUUAAUGAUUCCAAUCUAGGACUGUGUCGCGUUGUCAUGGCUGCUAGAAGACUAGUAUGAGACAAACAGUGUACAAGAAGUGAGUACAUGGAGACCCUAAAUGCCAGACGUAUUUAACAAAGAUACUACUGACACUGAUCUGGUACUAAAUGUGGUCUGUCAGACAAUAGUUGAGUCGUCAACCGCAUUGUGUAACAAUGAGAUCAAUGGAAAUAUGGAGAUUAUUACUUUAUCUCGAUUACUUCCUCGUAUGUAGAUGUAAUUGCUACGUGAGGUGACAGCAGAAUCUUCUUUGGGGAUUUUUUUUUACUCUGCUUAUUCCCUGGUAGCCUGAGGGGCCAUU